UGCGACGCGGACGUGUUUUUCGUGGCUCUCGUGCGUGUGUUUUCCCGUGAAAAAGGGGUUUUCGGUGAAGCUUGAAGGUGCGUACAGAAGCAAACUCCUUCUUCAAUCCAAGCCGAAAGUGCGUGUGGAUCUGCCGGAGUGUGUGUGUAAAAGGUGAAUCGUCCGGUGUGUGUCACGUUCCGUGGUCGUGAUUUCGUGUGACCGAAAAGUGUGUGUUAAAUACGGGGAGUGGUUUUUGUUUGUUGAAGGCCACUCCGGUGCAGAAGAGAGUGUCCCGUGAAGUGCAUCCCAGAAGAAGGGAGAGAGGUGGUACAAGUGCGAGAGGUAGUGCAAUCCGGUGCAGCAGUAGUUGCAGAGCGCACCGUUCUCUGGUCUGGUCGCGAGAGGUGAUUUCCGUGCAUGUGCUUCGGGCGCGUUUGUGUGUGUGUCAAAGUAUGUGUGUGCCAAUAAUCGCUGCAUCGGUCGGUGGAUUUAUGCGGCUCGCGUUAGUCACCUUCGGUGGCCGUUUGCAAGAUUAAUCUCUCUUGCCCAACAACAACAACAACAACAACAACAACGCGUUUCGAUUUGCGGUCUCGCGAUCUCCGGUGCGAACCGUUGGAAGGUUGUACGGUCUGGUCCUCUCCGUGUGCGCCUCUUCUGGUGAUUCUCGUUAUUCCGUGACAAACCUGCUACGAUCCGAGUGAGAACAACAGUUUGCUUCAAAACCCAAAGCAUCGUCAUCGUCGUUGGUAUCGCAGUGUGCCUGGCACUCCCUAUCAUCAUCAGGCAGCUAUGGCGACACAGGAGAUCGAAAUGAGCGGCACAUCGUGGGGAAAGGAACUAUGGGACCAGUACGAUAAUCUGGCGACGCACACACAGAAGGGGAUCGAUUUUUUCGAGCGAUUCGGUAACUUUAUUCGCGAUCGCAGUGCCAUCGAGGUCGAGUACGCUCUUAAGCUAAGACGACUAGUGAAGAACUAUCAACCCAAAAAGAACAAAGAGGACGACGAGAAUGAGUUUUCCACGCUGGUCGCGUUCAAAAAUGUCCUCAAAGAGGUGGCUGAUCUGGCCGGGCAGCGUGAGGUGGUCGCGGAGAACCUCCAGAACCAGGUGCUGCAGGGCAUAAUGCUGCUGGCGAAGAAUUUGCGCGAUGAGCGCAAAAAGUCACUAACGCAGGGCGCCCAGCUGACGCAAACGCUACACACACAGAUCGGUACGCUGGACCGAGCGAAGCGCACCUACGAGAAGUCAUUCCGCGAGGCGGAGAAGGCCAUCGAAAGCUACCAUAAGGCGGACGCCGACUUCCAUCUGAGCCGGGCCGAUGUAGAGAAGCAGCGCGUCAACAUGAACAUGCGCAACACGGUGUCGGAGGACGCAAAGAGUGAGUACGCCAACCAGCUGCAGAUCACCAACAAGCUGCAGCAGCAGCACUAUCAGGUUGCCCUACCGGAGGUUUUCAAUCGGCUGCAGGAACUGGACGAGAAGCGAACGCGUGGUAUGAAGGAGUUUAUCAAACGGUCGGCCGAUGUGGAGUACGAGGUGUCACCGAUCAUUGCCCGCUGUCUGGAGGGUAUGGUAAAGGCAGCCGAUUCGAUUAACGAGAAGGACGACUCCAUGAUUGUUAUAGAAAAAUAUCAGUCCGGCUUUCAGCCACCCGGUGACAUACCGUUCGAGGAUCUCUCGAAGCCUGAUUCCGAUUCCUCCAACAACUCACAAACCCACAACUCGAGCACCGGGCUGAACCACAUGACGGGGAAGGGCACCACGAAGGAGAAGCUGAAAAAGCGUGUUGGCAUCUUCGGUAUCUUCACUGGUAACAAGAACAAUCUUACCACGGACGGUCUGAAGGAGGAUUUCAGCGACUUGCCACCGACGCAGCGACGGAAAAAGUUGACCGCUAAGGUACAGGAGCUUCAGCAGAAGGUGAUUCAGGAGCAGGCGGCUAGCGAUGGAUUGAUGAAAAUGAAGGGUGUCUACGAAGCGAACUCGAUGCUCGGCGAUCCUCGAUCGGUAGAGGAGCAGCUGAACGAAUCCGUGAACAAGCUGGACCGGCUGCGGAUCGAGCUGCAACGCUACCAAAAGCUACUGGAACAAGCCAACAGUCAAACGGUCAUUCAGCACAGCCCGCAGGCAAACCGUGUGAUACAGAACGGAGGGCAGCGAUCGUCCAGACAUUCCAACGGAAGCAGUAAUAACGAAAACCAUCACGACGACAACGGCGAAGACCAUCCGGACGAUGCGGGUAGCCUUAGCAGGUCAGCUUCCGAAAGUAGUGUACAGCAAGCGCAAAAUGGGCUUAACAUUAACAACAACGGCAGCUCGGCGAGUCCCGAAAGUGGGCUAGGUACAUCGCACACAUCGCUGCCGGGAUCCGGUCACGGUAGUACUAAUGAGCAACCGAUGAACGACGAGUACUACGAAGCAGAAACGCCACUGGGAACAUGCCGUGCACUGUACCCAUUCGAUGCAACGAGUGAAGGCAGCAUUCCAAUGUCUGAAGGCGAAGAACUGCAAGUGAUAGAGGUAGACCAGGGUGACGGCUGGACCCGGGUGCGACGGUUUAGCUCAAGGGGUUGGGAAGAAGGAUUCGUACCCACAAGCUACAUUGAAUGUACGCUGUAUGCGUAGUGAGAAGCCCCGAAAUCGUGUCUGCCCGUUGGAACGGCGGAAGGGACAAGAAUGUAAAUAGAACCGUGUAAACGACGCUGCCACCUGCACCCAACAUUGCACCGCAGCUCCAACAUAAACACACAUACGCGUGCAUAUACUUUAGUCGACAAACCUUCGUGUGUGGCUAAUAUGUGGAGUGUAAUACUUGCGGCAGGCAAGGCAAGCAAUGUAAAGCGAAGCGGUCCAGACCCCGCGGGACACACCAGGAAGCCGGAAGGCCGGCUCUGCUGAAAGUCACACCACGUAGACGAUACACACCGCAGGACGACAAAGGAACGGAUUAGAAACGACGGAUGAAUUGAAUGUGCGUUGAGUGACCGCUGCUCACACCAUUUAGAUCAAUUAAUUUUAUUUGUACGCGCCCGCGAGCGUAAUCAUUCUUCUUAGCCGUAUUUAAAGUAUUGCUUGCGUCACAGAAAGCUUCCCAAUCUGGCACGGUACACAACAGCGCACACACGGACCGUGUUAGAUUUUUUUCUUUGGUUGUUAAAAGCAAUGAAUUUAAUAGAAAUGAAUGAUGAUGAUGCUGUGGAUGGUGAGGGCCACAGGUCAGGUGUGUUGCCCCCGUUUUGAACACAUACCAUCCCACUCCCGCUCACUGAUUCCAUCCACCUGCUCCUCACGCACUCCCUCCAUCACUAGGUAGUGUUCGUUUUUCACAUAUUUUUCCUUUUAGUAAAUGGCUGGACAUGGUCGUCCGCAAUCCGUGCGCUUUUUUCAGUCUGGACAAGAUGCAAAAUUAGUGAAUAAGAAAACGUUAUCGAAUACCGAGAGAUUAGCAAGCUUGUAUCUUGAUUAGCAAGAGAGGAACCCUUCCGGGAAUGGAAUGAGCUAGUUCCAUUGCCAUCUGUGUUGACAAUGCGCGCACGCGCAUUCCACGAAGGACUGCCACGACAUCCGACGUUAAUGACGAACAGAAAGAAUAAUGAACUGGCGCGUGCACUCGAAAUAAAUCCUUCUUUGGAAUCUGUCUCCCGGUGAGAGAGAAAAUAUGUUACAGAUUGACCUUGUUUCUAGUAUACUUGCGCUCUAGACCAUUUGUUGGUCCAUUCUGUUUUCAAUACAGCGAGCUUUUUAAUCUUAAUUAAUGAUCCAAAUUUAUUGCUAAUGCCCUAUGUAGGCUUGUGCUGCAUGUCUGCUCCUCCUAUUCUGUUGUGUACUCCGUUUGCCUUCUACUUUGAUGCACGGAACCCAGGGAGACGCUAAAAGCUAAUAUCAUAUCUAAUAUUCAUAAUGCUCCCGUCAUCAUCACCAUCAUCAUCAUCAGUAGACCGCAUCAAGGAACUUUAGUGCCCGCCGUCGCAUGCACUGGAUACUGUGAGCAUGCGAAGAGAAAAGACGGUCGGGAAGGGAAGGGAAAAAGUCUAGAGUAGGGCAGUAGUAGUGUUAAGGGUACCAGAUAAACACCCCUGUAGGGGUUACUAAACAAAAUAUGCGAUAUACCGUGCUCUAAGUCGUGGAAGGCAAGUAAUGAGAAGAACAGUUAUUGGGAAUUGAAGGUACGCGCGCGCGUGUGUGUGUGCGCAAUAUUGUCAGCGCGACGUAUGCCCUUUUGUGUGAUCGAAAGGAAUGCCAAAUUCGGUUUUACAAUCUCCAAUCCAUUUGCUGUUGUCGUUGCGAGAACGCUGAUCGUUGGAUAACGGCAACAUUUAAGCUAUAUGUACACAAUCUGCAACUCAAUUUCACUCAAGAUCCGACAUUGUCUAUCCCGAUUGCCGUACAAGAUUAAGGAUUUAAGAAUCAAACGCCUGAAUUAUAUACCUGAGGUCAAUCAAAAGCAUCUAUCUUACCCUAAGCAAGGUGUGCAGAAUCGGAACUGCUUCCGACAGUGUAUGAUAAUCAUUCUCGUCAAUGGUGGCAGCGAUUGGGUGAAAGCAUUGUUGUGAGUGCAAACAAAAAACUACUAGAAAACAAAAACCAGUAACAUGACCGUAACAUACAUACAUCAUAACUCUGAAGUUAUAUAUUUAUACUAAAAAAACAAAAUCUGUAUUUAUUAAUCAACAAAUACCGGAAUAUGGCACAGAAAUAGGCGAUCGAAGACAAUUUAAUGUUCUACCCAUAACAACCAACCUGUAAUUCGAUCUUGUGAAACCAAUGAUUCUAACAGACGAUGUACAAUGUUGAAAUGAACGGUCAAACAUACUCGAAUUCAUCAGCUCACAAAGCAGAUUCAAAUAGCGAUUAUACUACGUUAGAGACGCGAGGGCGGCAACAGAAGUGAUCCUUAAGAAAUUUGAUCGAAGUGUACGCACUAGCGAAGCAAGAUAGGACUGGCAGAACAUGCGCUUGAUUAAUCUAUUUUAGCUCAGUUACCACACCUGAGUGAAGGAUUAUUAGUAGAAAUCGAUCGAUUGAGCUGCACGAAACAAGCGAAUACAACAUAGUUUAUCAAUCCAUAAUAGUCAAGAUGAGACAGAGCAAGUUGGACGUGCGUUACAGAAAGGAAUUGGUUACACAGCGUAUCAUUAAUUAGCACGCUACUCCUUCGGCAGAACUAUGGUAAUGUAAACUCGUGGCUUGCUAUGCUAUGCAAAGCGACAUGAAUUUACACCAUAUAAACACACACACACACACAAGCAUACACGCAUGCGCGCGCUCGUAUUAAUGAUUGUUUCUCAAUUAUGUUACUGUGCCACUACUUCCGCUACGGUGAUCACUAGCAUUCGCGCGUCUGCAUUGUGAGGGUGUUGAAUUGUUGCAUUUGCAUCCGGGAAGGACGCGCGUGGGCUACCUUCACCCUCAAUGCAACAAAACAAAUAAAGUCUAU